GGUUCGGACUUACUUCACCUCUCUGCAGAUUCUCUCGUAGAGAUUCUGACACAAAGGUUUAAUCUUUUCAUCGAUUAUCAUUAGAAAAUUAAGAUCAAAGUUUCGAACUUUAUGCUUGUGGUAGUUAGUUAUGCGUCUUUGAAUGUUGAUUUUAGCUUAAUUGUGUGAUCUUAAGAUAUGGGUUUUGCGGUUUGUGUUGGUAAUGCAUCUCUUGUAUCUAUGGAACUGAGGUGGGUAAGAAGAAGCAAAUGCGAUGAUUCUGAUGCUCCUCGUUCGAUACCUAUUUUCAUCUCUACCUUGAAGAAAGACAUAAACCUAGAGGAGCUGAGGCGUUUGUAUUCGCGUUGUGACCACUCUUGCAACCGUUUGUCCAAGAGUGGUAGCAUUGUUGAAAAGACUGUUGACAUGAAGAAGCUGUGCACAGCUAUCUCCCGCAGCGAUGUUGUUGUCUCUGUGUUCUGCAAACCUCAUCACGCGCUUCUUGUUGAAGAGAGCACUAGUGAGGACGAUAAUGAUGAUGUUCCUGUUUUGUCUUCUUCCUCUUUGUCUCCUUCAGACUUGGGGAGACAAAACAAGGGUGAGGGUUCUCUGGGAGAUAUGUUUCAGGACGUGUUGCCUCUCACUCCUUCGAAUGGUCAGCUUGUUGGGUUUGGUCGUGCCUAUUCUGACUAUGGCUUGACCGCUUCUAUUCACGAUCUAAUGGUUUUACCUUCACUACAACGGAUGGGGAUUGGUAAACUGAUUGUUAACAGGAUCACCAGGCUCCUCACAAGUAGAGACAUCUAUGACAUAGCCGCUCUCUGCUUCGAGCAUGAAAGGCCAUUCUUCAAAGCCUGUGGGUUUGCAGAUGACAGAAUGGGUUCCACAACGAUGAUGUUCACUAAAGAGCUUGGAGGCCUAAUCUGAAGUGAGAAGAAGGACGUUGGAUCUUCUAAAACUUUACCUACAGGUCAAAGCAAGUUGAAUGAUCUUUAGACAAAAAUCUUUUAUGAAUCUCUUUCUCUGCGAAGUAUCAGAGAAAGAAAAGCCAAAGAUUCAGUGUCUUUUUUUUUUUUUUUUUGCAUUUGGAUUUGAUGUCUCGUGACAACUCUUUUUCACUUCUCUCUUGUCCUGUAAAAAGCAACGAAUAUUGGUAUACUAUUACUCUGUUUCCAGUGGUAGAAAUGUAUUAUAUCAAAUUGAAUACAAA